GGCCUUGCCGGGCGCGCUGCCGGUCAUGUGUCCGUCGGAAGGGCACAGGGGAGGGCUUGGUUACUGGCUUUUGCUGUUGUUCUGGGACCCUUCUCGGCGGAAGCUGCAGCCGGUGGCCAAGCUUCUGGCUGUGUCGUUCUUGCUGUGUGUCUUUGCGUACUGUUUCCCGCUGCUCAGCGCGUGCGGACUGUGUCUGUUUGGGUGUUGGGUAUAUAAGAGCUCUGGGAGGCAGAUAUGGAGGCUAGCUAAGUGGAGGCAGCUCUUAGGCAUAACUGAAGUUCCCGCUAAACGGUUAAAGCACAUUCAGCCCAGAAGGCAGAGAGAGACCGCCGCAUUUAAGUGGAGCCCGGCAGACCUCCUCCUACUCAUGGGGAGUUAUAUGGGAAAGCAAGAGCCCCCGCCAAGGGCGCUGGGCAGAGGGGGCAAGGAGAUCAAGGCGAUGCUGACAAGGCCUAAUCCAGAUGUGGUUACCCCAGCCAGACGCCUCUCCUUCAGGGAGACGCCUGUUGUGACUAACCGUGCCUAUAUGAGCCCACGGCGGCGUUACCCUAUUCACCAGCCGCAGUACAAUAUGGCAGGGUCGCUACCCAUGGUAUGCUUGGAUGGCUAUCAGCGGAAGACCCUGUUGUCCCCAAGAAAUCAUGGCUUUCGCAGCCCUGUCACAGUAAAAAUAGCCCGUCCGGAUGCCAGCACUGCCCACUCUCCUGUCCUCAAUUUACUUUCUCCAAGCCCAGCGUCGCCUUCUACUCAGUGUCCUCCAGAUCCCUGUGCGAAGGAGACCGUGUUGAAUGCCAUAAGAGAAAGCAAGAAGAGGCUAAACAAAGAUGACGACAACACUGUGUUUGGUGGCAUAGUGAACAAGAGGAGGAGACACGGCAGCAGAGGGAGUGGUGCUGGAUUUGAGCCGCUAGUGACCAAUGGACUCCAAUCAUAUCCACUUUCAAAGCCAGACAGUAUGAAGAGAGGGCAAAACAUGCAGGCUGUGGAUGAGACCGCGAGUAAACGUUCCCGCACAUCCUCCAACAGUUCUUUGAGCAACGCCACUAUGAGCGGCGUUCCAAUGUCUGCCCAUAACGCUAUUUCCAGCUCCUACAGCUCCACCAAAGACCUUCUGCAGAAAAGAAAAAGAUCAAUGCUGAAUAACUCUAUAGUUUCAAGCACAGCUUCUUCCAGAUGCCAGACGCCAGAGUGGCCUGUUAAGAAAGCAAAGGGGGACAUGCAUGAAGAUACAAGUCAGUCCACUCCUGUGAAGUCUGAUAGUAGCAAUAACUCAUCUGGACAAGUUUCUGACACGCCCAUCUCCAAAUGGUCCUCUGCUAUAAAUACAACUUCUGAGAGUGGUGGUGUGACUGGCGGCAGGAAAUGCAAACUGUUACCUGUCAGUUCAGGGCGAGGCGAUCAGUAUCAGUUGCUGCCGCCACCUCUUGUAAGAUACAACAUAAAUUCAAAGGAGUUUGAUUCUGAGCGACAGACUGCUAUUCAGAAGUUGAACAAGGCAGUUGAAGAUGAAAUGGAUGGGCCUCCUAGCAGUACGAUGCCGGCAUCUACAGCUUCCUCUGUAUCCUUCACACAACCGACCACACAGAUCACUCCCGGAUUGCAGAGUAUCACUGCCAGCAGCAACUCUCUGCUACAGAUGCCUAAGAUGCAAAGCCAGAGUCCUCCAGCACCUGCAGCAACUGUUACUCUGGAACAGAGUACAAACAAAGCAACUGCCGCUGUUCCAAAUGUUACUCUAACUUUUGGUGUCAAUGCAAGCUCUGCUGCAUCUCAGUUCUCUUUAUCCAAUGCUACACCAAGUAUUUCUGCUCCUCUAAUGUCUACAUCCUGUAGCACCACCUUUCCUCAGCCACUGGGGUUAACUCAAUCCAAACCCCAAUCUCCAAAAAGUGGUCUUCUCCUCCAAAUGCUUACAAAGCCAGAGGAAAAGAGCUCCCAGCCUGCUUUUAAACCUAUCUUUGGUGCACCACCGACUGUUUCAUCCUCUACUGUUCCGCCAGCCACUUCAAGUUCUGAAACUGCUCCGACCUUUAAACCAGUGUUUGGGGAGAGCCUUAACCAGCCUGCUGCUACUUCAGCAGCCAUGUUUAAGCCCAUAUUUGGGGAUUCAAGUAGCAAGCCACCCGCCUCGUCUUCUUUUACUUUACAGACGGUAUCCAGUAAUGCUACCCCAAGCUUUCCCAAUCUCAGCAGCACGGGAGCUGCCACAGGGCUUGCAACAGGUAACUCAUCAAAAUCAAUUGCUGCCCUGCCUGUGUCAACAAGCAAUACAGUUGUCUCCAAUCCAGUUCCCUCAUUCCCGUUUGGUGGACCAUCUCAGAGCCUUCCUACAGCCACAUCCAGCACGUCUUCAGUUUUUGGAGGCAGUAUGGUCAAUGCCCCCCAAACAUCUGCUGCUCAGUUUGUGCAGACUCCUAAUUCACAGGCCAGCACUGGCUUCACCAUGUUUGGCAGUUCAUCAAGCACAUCAACCCAACCCAAGUCAUCCAACAUGUUUGGAUCUGCCACCUCUGCUUUCACUGCCACAUUUGGUUCAAAAACCAACUCUUUCCCUAGUAACAACGGCACUGCUGCCUUUAAUAGUAGUACUGGUGGUGAAUUACAGGCAAACAAAUCUACAGCCAACCCCACCUUUGGAGGAUCAGGUGUUCAAUCUGCUUUUGGAUCCAGCAGUAGUCAAACCACUUUUGGUAGUACCUCACAGCCAGCGUUUGGGACAACAAAUACCACUUUGACUUUUGGAAAUGCUACCCCUGCUUCUACAAAAGCUGCUACAUUCAGCAAUAUGAAUAGUACACAAACAAGCAGUAGCACACCAAAUACUAAUGCGUUUGUGAGUAGUAAUCCUACCCCAUUUGGGUUUGGGAGCACAACAAACAGUGCAGGAUCUUUUGGUGGUGGAGGUCAGAGCAGCACGACUGGUAACAAUGGCUUCAACUUUGGUGCAGCAUCAACAGCGCCUUCUGCAUCAGUUUUUGGAAACACUGCUACAAACCAGAAUAACAUUGCCUCGCCAAACACCACCUUUGCGUUUGGGACCCCUGGUGCAACAGAGCAAAAGAUGCCAUUUGGAACAUCUACUCCAGCAUUUGGCCAGGCUGCUUCUACACCACUUGUACCUUUUGGGUCUCCGGCUCCAGGCUUUCAAAAUGCUAAUCCCUCAUUCAGUCCAGCAACUCCCUCCUUCUCGAUUGGUUCUGGAUCAAAGCCUUCAGCAGUUCGUCAGCGACUUAUGGCACGGCGUCAACAUACACGCAAGAAGUAACAGUGUUACGGUGCUCCUUAUAUUGUUUACGCCUCCCAUUGUUCAGUCGAUAGACAUUCUCGCCAUUCUGCAGCAUCUUCAUUGCAGCCAGCGUGAUCUGUUAGAUUAGCGUGCAAUGCUCCAAGCAGCACAUUGAAUGCUGAAGAUUUAUUGGAUUUUAGACUGC